AUGCGACGGUCGAUACAGAAACUCGCGAGCGUCAAGCCGCACCGCUACCUCGAGCCCGGCACCGCCACUGGACUCGCAGGUCUGCGCACUCACGGCUCUCCCCGAUCGACCCUUCUUUACCUCUACUCGAGCACCCUGGAACAGCUCAAGGCCGUUCCCGAGCACUCCGUCUACCGCCAAUCCGUCGAGGCCCUGACCAAGCACCGCAUGUCCAUCCUGCAGUCCGUCGUCCCACCGGGACACGCCGAGUGGGCAGCCAAGGCCAAGCAGAAGAUCGAGGCCGACCCGGACUUUUUCCACUCUGCCGCCGAGGGUCCGGUCGGCGGCACGAGCAUCACGCGCGUUGACAGGAACGGCGAGACCUUCUUGGUUCGCAAGAACCAGCAGGUGAGGGACAUGCGCGACGAGGAGUGGGACGGCGAGCCCAACGAGGGCCCCGAGCUGGAGGGUGCGAGGUCCAGCGAGGAACGCUCCAGGCAAGCGCAGAAGAUGCUGAGGAAGGCUCAUGACUACUCCUCGCGGGUAGACUGGGAGCCUGAGCCCCAGCUGACUGCCGAACAAGUGGAGGAAGUUGAAAACAAGAUUGGCGCCGGACUCAUCGAGGAGGUUGUACAGGUGGCCGAGGGUGAGUUGAGGCUAGUCAAAACCAUGAUCGAGGGCAAAGUAUGGGAGAACCUGGAAGAGCAGCCGGCCGAAGGGCAGUGGAAGUACUUUGAAAGGAAAGCUGCGUAA